CAGAGCAGCAGCAACAGCAGCAAAAGGAGAAGGAGGAGGAGGAACGAUUCAUCUUGAUCGAAGACCUUUAAAAAAGAAGAGCAGGUUUAUCUGCUGCCGCUCCGUGACGCUUUGGGAAGAGAAGAUCAGCCGGGAAAAAGAGAGACCAAAGUUUUCUUACUUUGUUUUAGUUACAUUUAUUCGUAACUUUUCAAGGCAUGGCACUGAGGCAGGAUUCUGACAAGGAGCCAAAGAUUGAAUUGUUCAUCAAGGCUGGCCAUGAUGGUGAAAACGUAGGAAACUGUCCAUUCUGUCAGAGACUUUUCAUGGUUCUGUGGCUGAAGGGAGUCAAGUUCACUGUGACCACUGUGGACAUGAGGAAGAAACCCGCAGAGUUGAAGGACCUGGCCCCAGGCACCAACCCUCCUUUCCUGCUCUACAACGGCACCCUGAAAACAGACUUCCUGAAAAUCGAAGAGUUCCUGGAACAGACCCUGGCUCCUCCCAGAUAUCCUCACCUCAGUCCGACCAACAAAGAGUCCUUUGACGCUGGCGCCGACAUCUUCGCGAAGUUCUCAGCUUUCAUCAAGAACAGCCCGAACAACAGCUUCCAGGAGAAGAACCUUCUACGGGAGUUCAUACGUCUGGACAAAUACCUGAACUCUCCUCUGCCUGAAGAGAUUGACCACAACUCCACAGAAAACAUCACCACAUCCAAGAGGAAGUUCCUGGACGGAGACCAUCUCACCUUAGCAGACUGUAACCUGCUGCCCAAACUGCACGUUAUCAGGGUCGCCGCUAAAAAGUUCUGUGGCUUCGAGAUCCCCGCCGAGUUCACAGGGGUUUGGCGCUAUCUUCAAAAUGCCUACGAGAGAGACGAGUUCCGACAGACGUGUCCGGCCGACAUUGAGAUAGAAAAAGCGUACCACACCGUGGCCAAGCAGGGAAAAUAAGACUUUACUCUGUCACUCCAUCCAUUUCCUGUUCCAUAUUAAAGUUACCAUUGCGAAGGAGAUGCAGGGGGCGCUGUAACCUUGAAGGAAUACGUAACUAAGGCAUUGAAUUUGAUGUUAAUCUCCCUGUAAGACAUGGAGAAGUGUUGAACAAAAAAUAUUGUUAUAUAUCGCUGGGUUUCUCUAAGAAAA